CGCCUCCUGCCUUCAUUUCCAAUGCAGCAGCGACCAUGACAGGCAUCGCCGCUGCCUCUUUCUUUUCCAACGCAUGCAGGUUCGGGAGCUGCGGACUUCACUUCGACACUCUGGCCGAGCUCAUCGUGCACAUCGAGGAUAACCACAUCGACACAGACCCCCGUCUUCUGGAGAAGCAGGAGCAGCAGCAGCUGACAUAUGUUGCCCUCAGCUACAUCAACAGAUUUAUCUGCAAAAACCCUCUACAUCAGUUCAUGACAGAUGCUGCACGGAGAGAACACGAGGCCGUGAAGAAGAAGGUGCAGCCCAAGUUGUCUCUGACAGGCAAUCUGUCUCGCAGCAGUGUUUCCACUCAGCCUCGCCACACCAGUGGAAACCUCACCCCUCCAGUCACCCCACCCAUCACCCCUUCCUCUUCCUUCCGCAGCAGUACACCCACAGGUAGCGAGUGUGAUGAGGAGGAAGUAGACUUUGAGGAGUCUGACAGUGAUGAGUCGUGGACCACGGAGAGCGCCAUCAGCUCUGAGUCCAUCCUCAGUUCUAUGUGCAUGAACGGUGGAGAUGAGAAGCCUUUUGCUUGCCCUGUGCCAGGCUGUAAAAAGAGAUACAAGAAUGUGAAUGGGAUCAAGUAUCAUGCCAAGAACGGCCAUCGAACCCAGAUAAGGGUGCGUAAACCCUUCAAGUGCCGGUGUGGAAAGAGCUACAAAACGUCUCAGGGUCUCCGCCACCACACCAUUAACUUCCACCCACCCAUCUCUACUGACAUCAUCCGUAAGAUGCAGCAGUAGGGGCCGAGGGAGCGACCAGCACUCUCCUACAGGCCACUUCCCAAUCAUCUAAACUCCACCAUCACCAGCAAUGGCUGUUUCUCGUUCCCCUCAUCCUUAAACCCCCGCUCCUUCUCUUUCACUCUCUCUCUUAUCCCCCUUUGUUAUGACACUAUUUUUGAUUGCAUGAUAUAAAUGUAUUAUUAUUCAUCCUUAAUUUUUAUUCAGAAUGUUUAAAUCUUUAUGUAGUUCACGGUUUUGUAUUUUGCACAUUUAAACUAUCAUUUAUCUAUUUGACUUUUGUUUUUACAUAUGGUGCUCGUUGACGAUGAGGGUAUAUUGUAAACUAGAAAAUGGCCGCACCAUGUCACGAGCAGCCUUGCAUGUACAGUAGGGAAAAUCAGAAGAAACCGAGGCGAGAUUUUUAUGUUUUCGUAAGAGGAAGAGCCACCAUUGCCUCUGUUUCGUUUGAGUCUAAAAACGUGACAGAGGCAAAAGAAAUCAGAAUGUGUGUGGUAUAACACGAGAAAUCCAAGCUGAAAACAUUUGUACGUUUCAUUCUCUAUCAGAUUUAAUGUUAAUAAUCAGCUGUUGGACUUGAGUUACUUUUCUUUUUAUAUCACAAGUAUUCAAAACCCUUUUCAUCUGUUUUACUGCAAACACUUGUGUGUGAGCACCAAAGGAUGAUCUCAGGUGACAUUUGCAAGCAUUUCAGUACCACAAUCCUGCCCAAGUGUUCUGAUAGUAUUUUACGCUGUUCAAUGGGAUCAUGGGAACUCUGCGUGUCAUUGUUCCUAAUGUUCCCGGCCACUUUCCUGAAGAUUUAAGCAGUUUUCCUCGCUAUUUUACGGUGAGGGAUUGAAGCACUUUUUGUAACAACUUGCCAACAAAUCAGCAUUUUUUUUUUUUUGCCAAUAUCUUGUUUCUGGUGUAUGUACAGUAGCUAACAAAACCAGGCAAAAGGCCUUCAGAAAAUAAGUUUUCAUUGGUUCCCAGGGAAGAUAGACACCAAACCUCCAGUGUUUCCAGUAUUGUGAGAUUUCUGUAUGUACAGUAGUUGCCUUGAAUUUUAACCAUUCCAAUCAGUAUAGAUCUUUGUAUGGCUUUAUUUUGACAGUUCAGACAAAAUCAUUUAAAUGCAGACAACUCAGUCCAGACCGUUUGUUGUUCACCGACUCCCAUGUCUUAUAAAACCAUGUGGUUGUCCUUGUCAUGGAUAGUAGAAGAGGGAGCCGACAUUAGCCAUGUAUUCAGCACAUUUAUGUUCUCACGGUCCUGAUUGUGAGAAAAACACAUGGCUCCUACUUAGUGCCAUAAUAAUGUCAGAUGAGGGUGUGUACACACGUUACGUUAAUUCCUGAAAUAAUGAACCCCAGAUCAUAAAAUGCCACAAGAUUGGGGAUUUAUCACCAUUGAGCCAUUAGGUAACAUCUUCACUGCAUGGAUGUUAGUGAUAAGGAACUACAGUCCAAUUGAGAAUUGUGACAGUAUUGUACUGCCAGUAUGGAGGAAGGUCUUUAUAGUGUACAGUGAAUGUAUUGUUAUGUGGUAAGUGCAUUAAAUUAUAUUUUCAUAUGUUUCUGGAGUAAAAAAAAACAGACAAAAAAACAAUAGUAUAAUAAUGUGUAUGAAAAGGUAAAAUCAGAGGUUGUUUGGAGAAAGUAAUGGUGAUGUACUGUAUUUCUUCAAAAAGCUGCUUCAUGUAAACUUUUGUUACAUUUAGAAUAAAAUUUCUCUGACGUGUG